CACGUGCGGCCCGUCGGUGGGCACUUUAGCUCAAGUACAGGAGUCCAGUGUAGGAGUUAGUCUAUCCCAUGAAGGCGAUCAGUAGUGGAGGAGGAGAACGACGACGAGUACCCCCAAAUGCUAUGUGAUAUCAAGAGUGCUAUGGUCGAUGCGAGAUAGGAUGAAGUGCUUCAUGAUCUCUGAAGCUUCACAGGGCCCGCUGCUCUGGCACGCGGUGGCAUCCUUCCAGGCUGUGUGUCCUGGGGCGUCAGCACUUACGACGCAUCAACCGUCUUCUUUGGUACUGAUAGUGCUUAUGAGGAAACCACCAAAAUCCGGUCUCCGUUCUUUUUUGGUGAACUCGGGAUGUCUGAUACGAGCUGAAUCAUCAACCACCCGCUCAGCUCGGGCUACACUUGUUCUUCGUACCAAGAGAUGACCGGUUAUGACCGAAUAAGGCUGAGACCUAC